AUGGCGGCGCGCUCGGCGCUGAGCGCGGGUGCUGCCUGGGCGCGGGGUCUCCUCAGCUGGGCUCGGCCAGAGAGGUGGCUGGCACCUGGUAGCAUUUUUCCUCUGUCAUGCAUCCACACAAGCACAUCUCUGCAGAAAAUUGGGAAGUGGGAGAAGAAGAACAGGAUUGUUUACCCUCCCCAGCUGCCUGGAGAGCCUCGCAGACCAGCUGAAAUAUAUCACUGUCGGAGGGAAAUAAAAUACAGCAAAGAUAAGAUGUGGUAUCUGGCAAAACUGAUAAAAGGAAUGUCCAUUGAUCAGGCUCUUGCUCAGCUGGAAUUUAGUGACAAAAAGGGAGCAAAGGUGAUUAAAGAGGUUCUGUUAGAAGCACAGGAAAUGGCUGUAAGAAAGCACAAUGUGGAAUUCAAAUCAAAUUUACACAUAGCGGAGUCGCAGACGGGCAGGGGCCGCUACGUGAAGCGGGUGCGGUGCCACGGCAAGGGCAUGUUUGGCAUGAUGAAAAUCAGCAGGUGCCACUACUUUGUGAAGCUGGUGGAAGGUCCUCCUCCUCCCCCAGAGCCACCAAAGACUGGCUUUGACCAAGCAAAGGAAUAUGUGCAGCAGCUGCGAAACAGAACCCUUGUUCACACGCUGUGA